AUAUUUUUCAACAUUAUCACGGCGAUCCACACACUACCAGCGUUCAGAAUUCACGUUUGAUGGUUGGGAGAGUCACUCUAGCCACAACCUAUUACCCCACCCGUUGCAAUUAAAUUGGCAUCUAAUGAGGUUGUAUUAAUGGCGGUCACUUCGUAAAUACACCUUAUUAUCAGUAACGGUGUUCAACCGGCCUCGGAGCCUCCAGAGAGCGACGGGUGAAAGUCACCGCGCUGAGUCGCAGACGCACACCUCACCUCAAGUGACAAACACGCUCCUACAACUGCGUCUAACGUACAAUUCAAUUCGCGAUUUUAUUAUUGACAUAAAUUCCAAACAAAUAAACAAACAAAAGAGCGGUCGGCCGAUGCGCGAGCGCCACGCGACGCGUCACAUUAUCACGUUCAACGGAGCGCUGUUGAAGCUGAUCGGCUGAUAGUGUGGUGCGGAGGCGCGGGACCGCCGCCGGCGCACUCAGCGUGCCACCGUGCGAGCCGCGAGCGCGGACAUUAGUCGUGAACAUGUUGACAACGAGCGUCGUCGUAGUCCUGGCGCUGGCGCUCUGCUGCGCCGGCUCCACCGGAGACUUGGACCCGAACACUGCCACCCUCGCCGUAGCAGGAGCUGUUGAGGAUAACCAGCUUAACAGCACCCUCCCUGCUGAGCAAUACUUCAUUGACAAAAUAUUCGAUAAAUAUGGAGAUAAAGGAGUCAUUACAUUUGAGGGAUUUGAGCAUCUACUAGACAGCUUGGGCCUCGGAGGACGCGUGUUUACGUCACCUCACGACCUGGCCAUUCACCGCAUCAACGGGACCUUCCGACAACUGCACGACACACAGCACAGGCACCGCAGAUCACCUCCAGCCGUUUCAACAGAACCCAUCCUGCAAAAGUCAUGCCUGUCUCCAAGGGAAAUUUUGGAGGUUUAUGGAAUGGAGAACGAGGCCCCAGGAGUCAUAACCAUCAGGCCCAAAACUUUCCUGGAGAUGUGUCCUGCUCUGGUGUACCAAUUAGACCAACGGUCUUGUUACAAAACAGAAGCACCUGCACCGAAGCUGGACAGGUUUUGGACUUGGAUUUAUGCCACUUUGAGCAUAUUAGUCAUCAGUGCAACUGGAUUACUCGGAGUUGCUAUUGUUCCUUUGUUGAAGUCAGCAAUAUUCAGCCACGUGCUGCACUUCUUGGUAGCUAUUGCAGUCGGUACUUUGUGUGGUGAUGCACUGCUGCACUUGCUGCCCCACGCGCUCAAAUCACAUGGACCCCCUUCAGCACCACAAGAAGAAACAGAAACUGUAUUAAAAUGCAGCGUCACCUUCCUUACGAUUUUAUUAUUCUAUAGUGUCGAAGCAAUCAUGCAAACAAUUAAUGGUGGUCACGCUCACUCCCAUGAUUCCGGAACAGAUGUUGCAGAAAUCAAAACAGAUUCUGGCAAACAAAUAGAACCAAUAGAACUGGGCGCAAUGAUGCCAGGUUCACCACCUCCGCCCGUCGACCGGCCGAUGACGUCGACUGCGCUCAUGGUGAUUGUAGGAGACGGGCUACACAAUUUAACAGAUGGGCUAGCAAUUGGAGCGGCCUUUAGUGGAGAUCCGGUAACUGGUUUCGCAACGGCAUUGGCCGUAUUUUGUCACGAGCUCCCUCAUGAGCUAGGUGAUUUCGCAGUACUGUUACGCUCUGGAAUGAGUAUCAGACGCGCCCUAUAUUAUAAUCUACUUUCGUCGGUGCUUAGUUUCAUGGGCAUGGCCGGUGGAAUUUGGCUCGCAGAAGAUCAUGAGUCUGCUUCCCAGUGGAUCUAUGCAGCCACUGCUGGAACUUUCUUCUAUAUUGCUCUUGCAGAUUUAGUGCCAGAGAUUAAUGCAAACAACCAUGGUAAAAGCAUCAAUUUACUACUGGCCAUAUUAGGAAUAUUGUCGGGUGGCAUUAUAAUGCUAAUGAUUGCUCUCCACGAAGACUCAAUACAAUAUCUUUUUAGAAAUUCAGAACAAUAAACACGUUAGUCAAAUUAAAAACAAUGCUCGGUUAUGAAUACUUAUAAAUAUGACGAAUGUGCUUGUGGAAUUAAGUGUGCGUUCAACAAGUGAUUAAAUGGUGUUUGAAGUUCGUUUACGUGGUGAGAUAAUCUUGUUUGAUAUUUUAACAACGAUUGAAAAACCGCGAUGUUGCUAACAAAGUGCUGAAGAUUGCACGCCAAUAGUCUUUACAUAGCGUCAAUGAAUGUAGUGAUUUGUGUAAAAAAAAAACAAAUUAUGUAGUAGAUACAGUACAUGUUAUGUGAUAAUGUUCGUACUCAUGGUUGUUAAAAUCGUUAAUUUGUAUAUUAUUGUAGUAUUUACCUACUGAGGUAUAUUUAAUUUAGUAUUUAAGCUGUUUUUAAAUGUAUUUUGAUGCAAUUGGGUCGCCAUUUAUUACAAGGUUUGUUACUCAUAAAAUAAGUGGUGAAAAGUGGGUGUUACACCUAAUAAUAUGCACUAGUGCAGUGAAGCCUCUGUUUAAACUUUUAGGGUGCUUCCACAUAUGGAGAAUGCGCAGCUCGUGAACAGUCACGGCAAUGGUUUGAUGCUCAACGCAUACAAGACAACGCAUAUAAAUAAUAAUUUCAAAUGCAUGCGCGCAUUCGCCGUAUGUGGACGCACCCUUAGGUCACACAAGGCGCGAUGUUAUAAUGUACCUAAUCAUAAAUUGGUGGGUUAAAUAAUAGUGAUAAGUCUAGGUUAGCUUCUACUUUAGUUUAUUAGUAAACUAUUUAGAUUUAGAUAUUUUUCUAUCAGACUAAAUACAGAUUGUAAGUAAUUAUACGUAUUAGACAUCUCGCAAAAGAGUGAUGAUUUAAACAUUAAUUCAGAACCUCGAACUUAGAAGCGAAUUUGAAAUUCCGCUGACCAAAAGAGAAAUUCGUCCAUUUUUAUAGUUAGGUACUAUCUGAAUCAAGUUCCUUGCAGAUUUAGAAUUAAGAAUUUAAAAACUCAUACCUUUUUAAUUGUCUUAAUGAACCUGCCUGUAAACUUCGUGCAAUGUAUACCUAUCACCAAAGCAUUUGUACCUAAUUUAAUCAACAUCGUUCACUUACCGGCCGUACGUAAUUUAACUGAAAUUGGAAACAUUAAAUCUGUGUUUCAAUCAAUUUCAAAGUAGGUACAGAUGUUGGUACAUAAGCGUACCUUUUUCAUAACGACAGAAAGUCAUCAAAAUGCAAUUAGUUUUUGGGGUCAAAGUCUGGGCAGUAUGGUGCAAAAACCACUCCAAUGGUCGCUAUCUGCACCUGCAAGGCCAGGAGGCGAGAGUUCUUUAACGCACGAAAUUAAUAACUAGGUACCUAAUCAUCCAAAAUUUCUGCAUCGAUCUAAGCAUUCUAAGUUGACAGAAAACAAUAUCCAUCUGGAAAGUGGUUAUUAAUUUCGGCUAAAAAUCCAGUUCAGGCGCCCCCAUUGUAGAGGUACAACAUUUAUUACGUUACUGACUUUGCGAAAUUAGGGUAGCUUGUCCUGCUGACAUUUGUAAUACUUAAACUGCUUAUUUAUUCAUCCAACUUUUACUUCAGGUAUAUUUUGUAAGGAAAGAAUAAAAAACAUAUUUUUGUUUUUAAUUUUAUUUUAACUGUUCCAACUUGCAACAGAAAUUGUUUUCUGCAGUGGUGUUAUGGUAAUCAUUUAAUUAUUACCUAUUUCCGCCAAAGUAUAUUGUAAACCAGAACUGUUAAAAAGUAUUACGAUUUAAGUAUUUAUUUUACAAAUAUAGUAAUUUAUGAACCCAUUACAAUGUUGUAAUUUAAUUUUUAUUUCGUUCAUUGUAAAUAUUUAAGUACGAUGUCAUAAUAAUAAUUUGCGUAUUUUUAGUACCCAGUUUCAUUUCAGAUUUAACAGACAACUUAAAAGUUUUUAUUUACAUAUUAACCUCACCUGUUCUGUUCAUUCGAAGAAUUUAUGAGAAUUUUCCAGUGCAGUAAGCACUGCAAAAAAUUACACUCACCUAUACAAAAUUUUAGAUGAUUAUAGUCUUUUUAAUGGAAGUGCCUGGUAUAAAUUCUCGGAUUCAAUUCUCGAGUCGAAAAAAUGGAACGUAUGUAAUAUUAAUCAAAUACUCUGUAAAUUAAUAUCACAAAGAUAAGGGUCACACUAUCGCUUCAAUAAUUUAACUGGUGACUAGCGGGUGCCCAAUAAUAUAUUUACCUGCUGCUCUACUUAAUAACAUUCUAAGAUUAUCGGACAUUUUGCUUAUAAGUGUUACGUAGAAGCAAAGUACUCUUCAAGAAAAACGAAACCAGAUAAUUGAAUCCAAAAAAAAAACAUUUUCUAUUUUUUUAAUGGGAAAACUUUACGAAUUUAAAAACGCCGCGCCAACGCCAUGCCCAGCUAUUAAACGUAGGACCAUAGAUUAUGCAACCAUCACGGAAUAGAAAAAGCUAGCUAUACACUAUAAUACUGUAAGACAAAAUAGUAAGUAGUGAAUCUGUGUGUAUAGAAGUCUUUACGCAACCACACUUAAAAUGCAUAUACAGAAAUCCAGAGGCUUGUAGACAAGAAGUCGAAUUUUUCAUCGAAGAAUAUUUAACAUUUUUAACCUUAAUUUCUCCAUGGGAAACGCGAAAUUAUGCAAACGUAAAAUCUUAGAGACGCCAUCUAUCUGGACAACCUGCAAGUUCUUUGUAGAAACCAUAGAUAGGUACUUAUUGGAAAAAAACAAAAUAGACAGAGACCGACAGCAGACACCACACACAAUAUUUUUGUCAGCUGUUCAGCUGUUCAUGUUUACUGUCAAUGUCAAGGCAUGUCAAAAAGUCUGCGCAAAAUUUGUAAAAAAAUCUAUCAUUGUGCAUAUUGAAUUACAAGGAAGAGUUCCUCUAAUUUAAUCGUUUCAACAAAGGGUCAUACCUUAUUGCUGUGAAAGACAGGUGGACUCAUGAUAAUAAACAUGAUUAAAGGGUUGAUAAUAUUUGGUGCGGGGCUUUACACUGGAGUUUACGUAGCUCAAAACUACAAGGGUACCCUGAGUGGAAUGUGUGUGAAACCAGGAGAGGAAAGUGGUAAAGCUCCAAAAAAGACCUGAUAGAUAAAGUUGAAGAUCCAAAGGUUUUGUUUGAAAGAGCACAAGCUUAUGUGAAAGACAAACUAGCAGAAGGCAGCGACAAGAAAGAUAAAUGAUGACAACAUGAUGCAACUUCAGCAUAGGAUAAUUGUAAUAAAAGAAACAGGUCAUUCAAUAAGUUUACUGUAAAUAUUUUAAGUAGUCCUAUAAAAUGAUAAACUGAAUAAAGUUAGCAAUAAAUA